CGUGUCCCUGUGCCCUGAUGCAGGUCACCGUGACCCUGGGAUGGGAGCUGGCAGUGCAGGUCACUGCCUCUUCAGCUCACAGGCUAACGGGCAGUGAGCCCCUGACCAUCCUCCCUAUGACCCUGGAGCCGGAGGCCGCCGCCCAGGCACACUACAAGGCCUGCGACCGUCUGAAGCUGGAGCGCAAGCAAAGGCGCAUGUGCCGCAGAGACCCCGGCGUGGCCGAGACACUGGUGGAGGCAGUGAGCAUGAGCGCACUCGAGUGCCAGUACCAGUUCCGGUUCGAGCGCUGGAACUGCACCUUGGAGGGCCGCUACCGGGCCAGCCUGCUCAAGCGAGGCUUCAAGGAGACCGCCUUCCUCUACGCCAUCUCCUCGGCCGGCCUGACGCAUGCGCUGGCCAAGGCGUGCAGCGCGGGCCGCAUGGAGCGCUGCACGUGUGACGAGGCCCCCGACCUGGAGAACCGGGAGGCCUGGCAGUGGGGUGGCUGCGGGGACAACCUCAAAUACAGCAGCAAGUUUGUCAAGGAGUUCCUGGGCCGGCGCUCGAGCAAGGACCUGCGAGCCCGCGUGGACUUUCACAACAACCUCGUGGGUGUGAAGGUAAUCAAGGCUGGGGUGGAGACCACGUGCAAGUGCCACGGCGUGUCUGGCUCCUGCACGGUGCGGACCUGCUGGCGGCAGCUGGCACCCUUCCACGAGGUGGGCAAGCGCCUGAAACACAAGUACGAGACGGCACUCAAGGUGGGCAGCACCACCAAUGAGGCGACGGGGGAAGCUGGCGCCAUCUCGCCGCCCCGCGGCCGGGCCGCAGGCCCAGGAGGCAGCGAGCCGCUGCCCCGCACGCCGGAGCUGGUGCACCUGGACGACUCGCCCAGCUUCUGCUCGGCCAGCCGUUUCUCCCCGGGCACGGCCGGCCGCAGGUGCCACCGGGGAAAGAACUGCGAGAGCAUCUGCUGCGGGCGCGGCCACAACACGCAGAGCCGGGUGGUGACGCGGCCCUGCCAGUGCCAGGUGCGCUGGUGCUGCUACGUGGAGUGCAGGCAGUGCACCCAGCGCGAGGAGGUCUACACCUGCAAGGGCUGAGGCUCCGGGCGCGGCCCCGGCACACUUGGCCCGUGGUGACAAGAGCCGGGGGUCAGCUGGGUUGGCUGGCUCUGCCUCUUUGUCCGUCCUCUCAAAGACCCAGCGGCAGAGGUGGCCCUGGUCCGGCCCUGCGUCCCCUCUGUCCGCGCCCCCCCACCCCGUGACCUGAGAGCGUUGCACCAUGCUUUCCAAGCUGUGUCCCCCCUAAGAGGCCGGUUCCUGCGAGCGGCGCCCCCCCCUGCUCCGGGCUCCCUCUGAGGAGCACCGGGUGCACCUUCGAGGCCACACAGGGUCUCCGUGCGGCCGCCUGCGGGAUGUCCUGCUCCGGCACUGGCUUAGAGAGUCAAACCACUAGGAGAGAGACGGCCCGGCCGCCCCGCUGCGGCGGUCACUGGCGUCCCCUCUGACAUGGAGCACUUCUCUUGGGAGUGAUGUCGGUGACUUUUAAAUUAUUUUUAUUUAACUAAUAUAUAAUUAUUAUUUUCUCCAUCCCUGCCUUGCCUCAGACUUGCGACUCCCCCUACUCUGGGUGGAGCCCAGUCUGGAGGGUCCCCUUCCUCCCUCCCCGCCACCCCCCCCAACCUCUUUGCCUGAUCUGCUUUGUCAUUUGAAACCACUAAAUCGUGAGGGAUGUUGCGUUAUUGUUUUUAAAGUAAUAAAGCAGGUUGUGUCUGGCCACUGCCCUCGGAGCUUCUGGAAGUCAGGUCCCUGUAGCCAGCUGCCCCCAGUGAGGCUGUCCUGGAAUGUGGGUGGCCCCUGCUCUGGGAGACCUCAGGUGUGCACCCCAGCCACUUCAGUGCAGAUGUUGAGGCCGGGGGGCGACAGCCAGUGGCCUGCCCUCCCCGCCAGGGGUGGGCAUGUCAGAGGGGAGGGGCCGGCCCCUUGGAGGGUUCAUUCCUAGCUUGCUUUGUGUCCCUAUGGGAGGAGGCAGACGCGAGGAAGGAUGUGGACGGAGAGGAUCUGGGGCUCAGAUUGGCAAAAGGCAGGCUGCUCUCUCUGGCCACACCGUUGUCUUUGCAGGGAAGAAAAAAGGGGUGGGCUGCACCGCGUGGCUUGGUUUGAGUGUGUGCGCGCAUGCAUGUGUAUGAGUGUGUGUGCGCAUGUGCGUGUGCAUGAGUGUGCGUGUGUGCACGAGUGUAUGCGAUUGCACACGCACGUGUUGGGUUGUAUGUGCAUGCAUGUGCCCGGGCACACACGUGUGAAGCAUGGGUGCAUUUAUGUGCAUGCAUGUGUGAGUGUGCAUGCGUACAUGAAAGCACCUGCAGGUUUACGUGUGAGCACGCGUGUGAGCAAGUCUGAUGUGUGUGCGUACAUGAGACUGUAAGCGUAUGUAUGUGUCUGCAUGAGUGCGUGCGAGCACAGGGGGCUGGUGUGACACAUGCAUUUGUGCUGUGUGUUGUCUGCGCGUGUGUGAGCAUGUGUUGUG